AUGCAUUACAGCUUUAUUAAAAUAAUAGCUACCGACUCUUACUUACUUUACGAGUGUUUAAUAAAGCUCGGCACAACUAAGGAAAAGAGGCUUAUAAUCGAUGUAAUAGCCUUACGACAAUCUUACGAGCGCAAAGAGAUCGCCGAGAUACGUUAG